UGCAAUAAAGAUGGUUGGCUGUCUUUUGUUGCUACUAUUUGCUUGUUUGUGCAGCAGUUCAUCACUUGAUGUGUUGCUAGUCUCAGCUCCAUUUCCUGGUCAUGCUAACCGUCUACUAGCAAUAGGAGAGGAGCUAGUUGUAAGAGGACAUAAUGUCACAUUCUCUUCAUUGGAUAAUUGGGUGAACCUGAGACACAAGUCAACAGAGAGGGGAAUAAGAUAUUUAUCAGCUGGUAAGCAAACAGUAACCCAAGCCGAAUGGAAUAAUAUCAUAUCUAAAAGAGCUUCUUUACAAGGUUUCUUUAGCAAGAAUCCAUUAGCCAUUAUUGAAGAGCUAAGGUUACUGGAUCAAUCAAGACCAUUGUCAGGUAUAGAUGAGAUUGCAAAGUAUUUCAUGAACAUCAAUUUAAAGCAAUGGGACAUCAUAGUCACUGAACAUUAUCUCUUACACAGGAUCCCUUGUAUUGCUAAGAGUAGGGAUGUUACUGUUGUCAUCACUUCUAUGACUUAUUUCUCUAAUGAGUCUCCACCCUGGCCCUUUCCUGUAUACCAAUCGGGUUACUCUGAUAAUCUAAGUUUCAAAGAAAGAGCAGUAAUUGGCUUGAGUACAAUUGGAUGGAGGUGUCUGUCUGCUUUUUCAUUGCAUUGGGUACUCAUACAAUCUCCAGUUACCGAGUCUUUGUGUAAAGAAACAUUCAAGUACCCAGUGGAGUUAGGAUGGGAGGUACCAUACAUCAUAAUGACAGUGUUGGGCCUUGAGUACCCCCGUACAAUAUCACCAUUAACAACGUAUGUUGGGCCUGUCCUGUCACAGGCACUACUCAAUCAACAUUCCCUGCCUGUUGAUCUCAAUGACUGGCUGAGGAAUAAGAAUAAUAAAAGUGUUAUUUAUAUCAGCAUGGGGUCACAAUUGUCACUGUCUGAUAAAAUAGCACAAGAGAUCGUUAAUGGAAUCAGUGAUACUGAUUACCAUGUGAUAUGGUCAGUGGGUGAUAUCAAUAAAGAUAUCAUCUUAAACAUUGACAGCAGCAGAUAUUAUACUUCUUCAUGGAUACCACAAGUAACUUUACUACAGCAUAGCUCAAUAUCAAUGGCUAUACUCCAUGGAGGAUCAAACGGGAUUCAUGAAUCACUUUAUUUUGGUAUUCCAAUUAUUGUGAUACCAGGAAUGGGAGAUCAGUUUGAUUGGGCAGUGAGAGUAAGUGAUGCUGGAGUUGGUUUGCAGCUGCUACGUCAUGAGGUGACGUCUAGAGGUCUAAGGGACUCCAUUAGGAGAAUAGAUAAUGAUGGAUACCACAAGAGAGCAGAGAAGAUGAGUGUCCUAAUGAAGAGAGGAGGAGGUGUAAAGAGAGCAGCAGAACUAGUUGAAUUUUAUGGGACUUAUGGCUAUGAUCAUCUAAUACCAGGGCCCAUCAAGUAUAAAUGGAACUGGAUACAAUACUACAAUGUUGAUGUGUACAUUGUGCUAUUGGUUGGGCUAGUGGCUAUAGUGAUGAUCUUGAAAAGAUCCUGCAAAUGCUGUACAGCGAAAAAGACAAAAACUAAACAGAACUGAUCAAGUUAUAGAUGAACAGUUGAACAGUUCAAUCAUAGCAUUCUCUUUGAAAAACCAUCCAUUAAGUUAACAAUAUAUCUCAUACGUUCAUUUUAAAAUGGCUACGACUUGUCAAUUAUCCACAA